CGAGAAUAUUACUCAGUAAUGUGACUCCAGCUAUAUAUAAGUGAGUGGGAUGCUCUAGUAAUUUAGUCUCAGUGAAUCUUUUAAAUCGUGUCUACCAGAAUCUAAGUUUUCUAGUAUUUGCCAAAUAUGGCUCUGUUAGCACUCUUCAUCAUAUCAAUCGUUGUAUGUGCUGCUUCUGUUGAGGCGGAGCCCUGCCCAUUGAUUUGUACUGCGGAUUAUAGACCUGUCUGCGCUACAGAUGGAAACGCUACAAGAACCUUUGGAAACGCUUGCGCCCUAAGAGUGGAGAAUUGCCUUAAACGGACGAUCAUUGUGUGUGCCGCUUCUGCCAAGGAAGAGCCCUGUCCAGCGAUUUGUACUUUGGAUUACAGGCCCGUCUGUGCUUCAGAUGGGGUUGAAACAAGGACCUUCGGAAACGCUUGUGCUCUUAGAGGAGAAAAUUGUUUUAAACGGAAGAACUUCCGGAAACUUCAUGACGGAGAAUGUCCAAAAUGAAGAUAGUAUGAUUGGACUAUGCGAAUUUGAUAAUACAGAAAAACAUAGGUAAUAAAACAAAAAUAAAGGAUGUGAGUGAUGAAUA